AUGUCGGCGCGAAAGAAGGGAAACUGUCGCCUCAAGCGGACAACCGCUCUGGCCGACGUGGAGGCUGCCGCGAAGGCCACCGAUCCGUACCAUCGCUGGACAUUCCGUGCGUUGGCCGAGUCCACAGGCUUCGCGUCGACAAGGUGGAGGCUCGUCAAGGCCAAGAAUAUUCGACGACGCACAAGCUGUGUGAAGCCCAUGCUGACGGACAAGCACAAGACCAAGCGGAAGGGGUUCUUUGCGACGCAAGUCAACCGACGCCACUACCUGUGGCAUGGUGAAAAGCUCCGUACCACUCUAUAG